AUGGUUUUGAUCGCGAUUGUGAUGGUACUGCUCGUCGCGCCAAUACCGGUGCUUGUAACUGCAGGAUCAGUGUGCUAUUUACGCAGCUACCAUCCCAUGGACAGGUCGACAUUCUCAGAAUGGGUCGGACAACUUUGCGUAGUGCUGGCAACAAUCCUGCUCUUCUUCACUCCAUGUCUCUACAUCUAUCUGGACGUGAUUCUCGUUUAUAUUCACGUCUACUAUUCAAUGUGUCCCGCAGUGCAGUUGCUGGGCCAAUAUCGAGCUACGCCCUUAGAUAACCUAACUUGGUUGCACAGUGGAUCGUUGAAAACUUCAGCACAAAGAUGUCAGCGUAACCUGGAUGCUAUCGAGGGCAUGUGGAUUGGCUGCUUGAUGUUCGCCUUCUUCUCGGUUCCCACUGUGUUUGCUCUAUUCAAACUGUCCAAAUACUAUCUGCGUAUGAAGACCGAGUACUACUGGAACGCGUGCGAAGGCUAUGGGAUGAUUCGGCCCCGAGUUACAACGGCAAGCGAUGCUCUCUAUGGAAAUAUCUACGGAACGCUCCACCUGAACAACACCACUACGAAACUCCCCACUCGAUCGCCCACGACGGAACCGACCGCCUACGGAGUCUUCAUAGAGCAGCCCAUUUAUAGCACUUUUCGUAGAAACUGA